UAACUCAUUAUGUCGAUGGUUAUAUGCAAAAUUAUCACCGUGAGCACUACAAGUUUACAGUUUCACGCAAAAUGUUGGCAUUAAGAAUUCGAGCAAAUUCGGACAGGGCUAUGUUGUCAUUUUUACUCAAUUUUAGUCGCGGAGCUUCUGCUAAAGCGGCAGUCAAAGCUGCUGCUGGAACUAAUGGAAAGAUAGUAGCAGUCAUUGGUGCCGUUGUUGAUGUGCAAUUUGAUGAUGAUUUGCCACCAAUCUUGAAUGCUCUAGAAGUAGAAAAUCGUGCUCCACGGCUGGUGUUAGAAGUUGCCCAACAUUUGGGAGAAAACACAGUCCGCACUAUUGCCAUGGAUGGUACGGAAGGUCUGGUACGUGGACAAAAGGUUUUAGAUACUGGGUAUCCAAUUCGUAUCCCAGUUGGCGCGGAGACUCUUGGACGUAUUAUCAACGUUAUUGGCGAGCCUAUAGAUGAACGCGGCCCCAUUCCAACUAACAAAAACGCCCCCAUCCAUGCCGAAGCCCCGGAAUUCGUUGACAUGUCGGUUGAGCAAGAGAUUUUAGUUACAGGAAUCAAAGUUGUCGACUUACUGGCUCCAUACGCCAAGGGAGGUAAAAUUGGUUUGUUUGGGGGCGCUGGUGUAGGUAAAACUGUGUUGAUUAUGGAAUUGAUCAAUAACGUAGCGAAGGCUCACGGUGGUUACUCAGUAUUUGCUGGUGUUGGUGAACGUACUCGUGAAGGCAAUGACUUGUAUAAUGAAAUGAUUGAGUCUGGCGUUAUCUCACUUAAAGAUAAGACAUCAAAAGUUGCUUUGGUAUACGGUCAGAUGAAUGAACCCCCAGGCGCCCGCGCUCGCGUUGCGUUGACUGGAUUGACUGUUGCCGAGUAUUUCCGUGAUCAAGAAGGACAAGACGUGUUACUUUUCAUUGAUAACAUCUUCCGCUUUACUCAAGCUGGCUCAGAAGUAUCUGCUUUAUUAGGUCGUAUUCCGUCUGCUGUAGGUUAUCAACCAACUCUAGCUACUGAUAUGGGUUCUAUGCAAGAACGUAUUACUACUACCAAGAAAGGCUCAAUAACAUCAGUCCAGGCUAUUUAUGUUCCAGCUGACGAUUUGACUGAUCCAGCCCCAGCAACAACAUUUGCUCAUUUGGACGCCACCACUGUAUUGUCGCGUGCUAUUGCGGAAUUGGGCAUUUAUCCAGCCGUAGAUCCCUUAGACUCUACAUCCCGUAUUAUGGACCCUAACAUUAUUGGCCAAGAGCACUAUAAUGUAGCACGUGGCGUUCAAAAAAUUUUACAAGACUAUAAGUCGCUGCAAGAUAUUAUUGCUAUUUUAGGAAUGGAUGAGUUAUCUGAAGAAGACAAACUUACUGUUGCACGUGCUCGCAAAAUCCAACGUUUUCUUUCACAGCCAUUCCAGGUUGCUGAAGUCUUUACGGGUCAUGCUGGAAAACUCGUCCCAUUAGAUGAAACAAUUAAGGGAUUUAAUCAGAUUUUAGCUGGUGAAUAUGAUCAUCUCCCAGAAGUAGCAUUCUAUAUGGUUGGCCCGAUCGAGGAGGUGGUACAAAAAGCCGAACGUUUGGCAAAGGAGGCUGCUUGAGUUCAUAUCGUAACAUUAAAUAUGAAUUUUGCCUUAGUGACAUCUACUGUUCAAUUCAAUCAUAAAUGAAGUAAUGCGAAUAAAAGAAUUAAUUUAUGCAUAUAUAUUAUUAGAUUAA